CCGCUGGCAGGAAGUAGAGGGAGGGCAAACUGGCUUUUGGAACCAGGCACACCUAGUUGUGCUAUCCUGAACCAAAGCCCACUGAAUUCACCUGGUAAAGUCACACUUGUGAAGUAAGUGAGACUUCACUUUGACUUAUUCUUCGUGUUCAGUCUUCUUGAUUUGCCAGGAUGAGCAAUCAGAAGAAAAGGAGAGAUAUGGAACCUGCUUGUACCUGGAGUUUACUGUCUGAGAAGAGAAUCGUUUCAUGUUCUCUGGGUUCAUUUUCAUGGAGAGAGAUUACAGACUACCGGAAAGUACUCAGAAGACGUCUAAAAGAAAGAUAUCUAAAAAUUGGAGUUGAUAAAUGUUAUCAUCACGGCAAGCAUAUAGCAUCACGACUGCUUCUUGUAAAAGAGCAUGGUGUAUCAGAUAAGACACCAUGUGGAAUUCCUCAACAGGAUCAUUUUAUUAAUAUGGAACAUGUGUUUGAUCCUGAUGAAGCGGGCUUCAGUUUAUCCCGAACUGUGGUGCUUCAGGGAUGUGCUGGGAUUGGGAAAACGGCUUUGGUGCACAAGUUCAUGUUUGACUGGGCAGCAGGCAUCGUUUCUCCAGGCAGAUUUGACUAUCUCAUCUAUAUCAACUGCAGAGAAAUAAGCCAUAUUGCUAGCCUUAGUGCUGCUGACCUGAUCACUAACACUUUUCAAGAUGUAAGGGGACCAAUCUUGGACAUUGUUCUCAUAUAUCCAGAGAAGCUUCUGUUCAUUCUCGAUGGAUUUCCUGAGCUGCAGCACCCUAUGGGUGACCAAGAAGAGGCUCUGAGUGUGCAACCGCAGGAGAGGAAGCCAGUAGAGAGCCUCUUGUGCAGUUUUGUGAGGAAGAAACUGUUACCUGAAUCCUCCCUCUUAAUAACUGCUCGGCCUACAGCCAUGAAGAAGCUCCACUCUCUGUUAAGACAACCUAUCCAGGCAGAGAUCUUAUGGUUUACAAGUGCUGAAAAGAGAGCGUAUUUCUUGAGUCAGUUUUCAGGUGUUAAAACAGCAAUGAAACUCUUUUAUGGUCUGCGAGAAAAUGAAGGCCUUGACGUUAUGUCCUCUCUUCCCAUUGUCUCCUGGAUGAUAUGCAGUGUCCUGAAGUCACAAGGAGAUGGUGACAGGCCCCUUUUGAGGUCACUUCAGACCAUGACUGAUGUGUAUCUAUUCUACUUUUCCAAGUGCCUCAGAACCCUUACAGACGUCGGAGUGUGGAAAGGACAAAAUUGCCUGUGGGGCCUUUGCUGUUUGGCUGCAGAAGCACUGCAGAGCCGCCAGGUGCUCUUUGCAGCCAGUGACCUCAGACGACAUGGGAUAGGAGUAUGUGACAGCAGCUAUACUUUUCUCAGUCACUUUUUGAAAAAAGCUGACGAUAUCAAUGCCUACACCUUCCUUCACUUCAGCUUCCAGGAGUUUUUAACUGCCGUGUUCUAUGUCCUGAAGAAUGACAACAAAUGGAUGUAUUUAAGUCAGGUGGGGAAGGCAUGGCAUGAAAUAUUCCAACGCUAUGGAAAAGGUUUCUCAUCACUAACGAUACGGUUCUUAUUUGGUCUCUUACGCAAAGGCAAAGGAAAGAUUAUGGAAACUACUUUUGGAAGAAAAAUCUCUCCGGGACUUCGAGAGGAGUUACUGAAGUGGACUGAGAGGGAGAUAAAGGAUAAGUCUUCUAGGUUACAGAUUGAGCCAGUGGACUUGUUUCACUGCUUGUAUGAGAUUCGGGAAGAAGAAUAUUCAAGAAGGAUAAUGGAUGAUUUACAGUCAGUUAUACUGCUUCAGCCUACCUAUACAAAAAUGGACAUUCUGGCCAUGUCCUUCUGUGUAAAAAGCAGUCACAAUCACUUGUCGGUGACUCUGAAGUGUCAGCACCUGCCUGGAUUUGAAGAGGAAGAGCCAGCCUCAUCAUUUGUGCCGUCGAAACAUGUUGACUCUUUUAGGUCCGUUGAGCUGCCCGACUUGCCCGUGUCUCAGUUACACUUGCUCUGCCAAGCACUGCGUAACCCAUACUGUAAAAUCAAAGAUCUGAAACUGAUUUUCUGUCACCUCACAGCUUCUUGUGGUAGGGACCUCUCUUCAGUAUUUGAAAGCAACCAACAUCUGACAUGUUUGGAGUUUGUAAAAAAUACCCUGGAAGUUUCAGGAAUGAAGCUUCUGUGUGAAGGAUUGAAACAACCCAACUGUCUGUUAAAGACAUUAAGGUUGUACAGGUGCCUUAUCUCUCCUGCUUGCUGUGGUGCUCUAGCUGCUGUUUUUAGCACUAGUGAGUGGCUCACUGAGCUGGAAUUUAAUGAAACAAAACUGGAAGUUUCAGCUUUAACAUUGCUCUGUGAAGGCUUGAAAGAUCCAAAUUGCAGAUUACAGAAGCUCAAGUUGUGUGCUAGUUUUCUCCCAGAGAACUCAGAAGCUGUUUGCAAGUGUCUUGCCUCUGUCGUCAUUUGCAACCCAAACCUCACUGAGCUUGACCUGAGUGAAAAUCCCUUGGGGGACAUUGGAGUGAAAUAUCUCUGUGAAGGUCUCAAGCAUUCUGACUGCAAAGUGGAGAAACUCGACUUGAGCACAUGUUGCCUCACAGAUGCCAGCUGUGUAGAGCUCUCUUCUUGCUUGCAAGUGAGUCAGACUCUAAAGGAGCUCUUCGUGUUUGCCAAUGCCGUGGGGGACACAGGAGUACAGCACCUCUGCAAAGGUCUGCAGCACCCCAAGUGUGCAAUUGAGAAUCUUGUGCUUUCUGAAUGUUCCCUCUCUGCGGCUUGUUGUCAGCCCCUUGGCCAAGUCCUGAGAGCCAGCCAGAGCCUGACAAGGCUGCUUCUAAUUAAUAACAAAAUUGAAGAUUUGGGACUGAAAUUGCUGUGUGAAGGAUUAAAACAGCCUGACUGUCAGUUAAAGGAUCUGGCAUUGUGGACUUGUCACCUAACUCCAGCAUGUUGUAAGGAUUUAUGCAAUGCACUCUACACCAAUGAGAAUCUGAGAGUCCUUGACCUCAGUGACAAUGCCUUAGGGGAUGAGGGCAUGAGGGUCCUGUGUGAAGGGCUGAAGCACCCCUGCUGUAGACUACAGACCUUGUGGUUAGCAGAAUGUCAUCUCACAGAUGCUUGCUGUGGAGCCCUUGCCUCUGUCCUCAACAGAAAUGAGAACCUAACAUUGCUGGACUUAACUGGAAAUGACCUCAGGGAUUUUGGAGUGCAGAUGCUGUGUGAUGCACUGAUUCAUCCAAUAUGUAAACUGCAGACGUUCUACAUUGACACGGAUAAUUUGUCUGAAGAUACAUUUAGAAAGAUGGAAGUGAUAAAAAUGAGCAAGCCUGGAAUCAUCUGGUAAUUUCCAGAGAAAGUCCCUGACCAGUCUGCAUAUACAUCCCUCCCCCCAAUCUGGCACUAUCUUUAACAGUUGUGCAGUAUUAUUCUUCCAAACUGUUAACCUUUGCUGAGAUUACUAGUGCGGCACAAGCAGCAAUGAUUGCAAUUAUUACGUAGAACCAUCCGCUAAGUAGGAUGUAAAGACAGAAGCACCUUAGUUCAAAUGCCUUCAGCAAUAAUACCUUACACUAUAUAUCAGGUUACAAUGUUUACUAUGCUUUGAUAAGAGCCCUCAAAGGUGGGAAGAUGAGGCUCAGGGAGACUGUGACUAACUCCAGGUCACGUAACUCACUGAGGAAGAGUUGGGACUGAAAUCCAACCAGGUCUUCCAACAUCCAGACCAUGCAGGGAAACAAUAGAAAAAAACACACAUGAAUGAGUACACUUAAAGAAACAUGAUACUUGAAGUGAUUAAAGGAUAAGCGCUUAUGCAAAUAUAUAUCGUAUGGUGCUGAUUUGAAAUAAACUUGUAAUUCACAAAAGAGAGAGGAGUAAGAUAGCUUCCUAGGGAAAGGCUUCAUCGAGGAAGUGAGAUGGUGUGGGCCUAAAGAAUGAGUAGGCUUGAGAUAGGUGAAGACAGUGGUGGUCACUGGCUUUAAGACUGCAGGAGAACAGAGUUGUGUUUGUGAGCAGCUCACCUAAAGAGCACAGGGAGAGAGAAAUGCUUAUAGUACUAUUUUUUUGAGCUGAUACAAUAGCCAUACUUCCAGGCUCCUGAGGGUGCUCUCCAGUUCCCAGUCUCAGCUGCCUUCCUGAACUUUCACUAACACCCCAACGUGUUUGUACUUGUUCCUGGGUUCCGGAGACUGACUCACCCCGACCGCAUCUUGCAUAGCCUAGCAUGGAUCCUACAGAAGUCCCGGUUUCGAGCUCUGCCUAGCUACCACAAAACACCAUGUGGAGUAAGUGAGCGUGGAGAAAGGGAGUGCCAGGCAAGAAAAUAGCAUACAGUCCGUGAAAUGGACAUGAACGUGAUGUGGUAGGGUGACCUCGUGAAAGUGUGGAGUUAUCUUUGGCAGCUCUAACUAGCUGUGUGACCCUGAAAAAGUCACUUGGAUUCCUGGAACCUCAGUUUUCUUAUGUAUAAAAUGGGGAUAAAGUGACAUUGACCUUGCAAGACUAUUUGCCAGCACAGUGCCUAUGCCACAGUAGUCACCAGUUAAUUAUAGCUGCGUGAGUGUGUAUCUGUAGUAUCACUCAGCUGUAUAGUCUCUGAUCGCCUACGUUUUCUUGCUGCGUAGUAGUGUGAACUGCACAUUUGAGCUAAAUGCAUAUGCUAGAGGCAGUGAAUCUAGUGACCGAAGAGACAUACAGGGAGAUGUUAUUGCAGAGACGAGCCCGGCCACUCCAUGUCUUCAUCCAUCAUCUUUUCUUUUCUCCUGUCACCCUGGGAAAUACUAAGGAGAGUGGGUCUGUCCUGCGAAGAAUGGUCAAAAUAGCACUUUGCCUUCAGUUUUUGCAAGUUCUUCUUUCUUUUUAGUUAUUUAACACCUAUUUAUUUAACAUUUAUUAUGUGCCAGGUUUUCUGAUAAGUUUCGGCUUAAUACAAAUGAAUUCUGUUUCUUUCCAUGCACUUCCCCUACCACGUUCUCUGCUCCAGUUUCUCUGUCAGCCUGGUAAACAUCUGGUAAAACGCAGUCACAUUAAGAACUCAAAGAUAUAAUGUUAAAUGAAAAAUUGCAGAACUCUGUGUAUAUCCAGUUUGUGUACAAAAGGCUAUACAUGCAUGUGCAUGUGUGUGUCAAGACAGUCUAUGGAAGGAUGUACACAUAUACAAGAAACUGCUAACGGUGAUUGCAUCUGGCAAGAGGAAUUUGGCAAGCAGGAGUGGUAGGGAAAAGAGGAAAGGGACUUUCCAUCUAUAGCCACCCAUUUUACUAAUGUUUUUACCAUGUGCAUGUAUUACUUUUACAACUAAUAAACUUGAUGCUAAAAAUAAAACUCAA